AUGUGUUUGUUUUUACCGUUUGUGGUAUUAGGACUUAUUUGCGUCUUGUACUUAUUUUCCACAUGGAAUUUCAACUAUUGGAAAAAGAAAAAUGUUGCCGGCCCAAAACCAUUACCUCUUUUUGGUAAUAUCGUACAAUCAGCAUUCCGACAGAAAUACAUUGGAGAGGAGAUCAAAGAAAUCUACGCACAAUUCCCGAAUGAAAAGAUAGUUGGAUUUUACAGAAUGACGACAACAACCAUGCUUGUUCGAGAUCUUGAUAUUGUAAAGGCAAUAAUGAUUAAGGACUUCGACUUAUUCAUCGAUCGUGGUGUCGAAUUCAGCAAAGACGGACUUGGAGUCAAUAUGUUCCACGCUAGUGGUGAUUCUUGGAAACUCCUUCAACGCUCCUUCAGUCCUCUAUUUUCUACCGGAAAGAUCAAAAACAUGUCUUACCUAAUAUCUGAACUCGCCGAUAAACAUAUUCAUCGUAUUGAGCAAGAGUACAGUGAAACACAAGAAAUAAAAAUUUUAAAGCUCACACGCAACUACACAAUUUCCACUAUUGUAGCUACUGCCUUUGGUAUGGACAUUGAUAUAAAAGACAACAUUUUUAAAAUACUCGAUGAAAUGGACAAACUCAUUUUUGAAACGAAUUUUGCAUUCGAACUGGAUAUGGUUUUUCCUGGCAUUCUUAAAAUACUAGAAACUGCAUUGUUCCCUCGAAAAGUGUCUACGUUUUUCCAUAAUUUAGUUAAGGCAGUAGUUAAACAACGAAAUGGGGAGCCCGCUGGGAGGAACGAUUUCGUGGAUAUUAUUUUAGCUAUGAGAAAAGAAGGCGAAAUUAGCAAAACCAGCAGAGACAAUAAAACAAGAAGUUUGACUAUUACUGACAAUUUGAUCGCUGCACAAGCAUUUUUGUUUUUUAUAGCGGGUUACGAAACAAGUGGUACCACUGCAGCUUUUCUACUAUACGAAUUAACUGUAAACCCUGACGCACAAAAUAAGGUUAUAACUGAAAUCGAUGAAAUGUUGAAAAACACGGAGGGGAAAGUAACUUACGAUUCUUUGAUGGAAAUGUCAUACUUAGGAAGAGUAUUUGAUGAA